UUUAGAAGGUUGCAGCGAUGGAGAAAGGCACCUCUUUUCUGUUCUCCGGCAUUACUUUCGACAAAAAGAAGUUCGCCGCCGAUUUCGCCAGGUUUAAGGAGAAAAAAGAGAGUGAUGAUUUGGUUGAGAGUGGGAAAUCUGAAGCAGAGGAGGGGGCAAGGCCUGUGAAGAAGAGGAAGCGGAAGGCAACGGUUGCGGAUCCUGUAGAAGGAUUCAAUGUCUUCAAGACUUCAAAAUCAUCCGCUCAAGGAAUCCAGCAGAAUGACCAGGAAAAAAGCGAACUUUCUCAAGCAAAGAAGGAACUCAAUCGGCAAAUUGAGAGGGAUGCGCUUUUGCGGAAGAAGCAUAACAUUCAUAUUUCUGGAAAUAAUGUUCCAUCUCCCUUGGAGAAUUUUUCAGAGUUGAGCUCAAGAUAUGGAUGUGAAUCAUAUUUAUUGCACAACUUGGCGGAACUUGGAUUUAAAGAGCCAACACCAAUUCAAAGACAGGCUAUUCCAGUACUACUAUCUGGACGUGAAUGCUUUGCUUGUGCUCCUACUGGAUCUGGAAAAACCUUGGCUUUUGUGUGUCCAAUGCUUAUGAAACUUAAGCAUGCAUCAAAGGAUGGCAUCCGGGCUGUUAUCCUUUGUCCUACAAGGGAGCUAGCUGCUCAGACAGCCAGAGAGUCCAAGAAAUUGGCUAAAGGGAAGAAAUUUUACAUCAAGUUAUUGACUAAAGAACUUUUAAGAAGUGGUGAUAUUUCAAAACUGCCUUGUGAUAUACUCAUAUCUACACCUCUGCGCCUGCGGUCUGCUAUCCGCAAAAAAAAGCUCGAUUUAAGCAGGGUUGAGUAUCUUGUCCUGGAUGAAUCAGAUAAACUGUUUGAGCUUGGCUUGGUGAAGCAGAUUGAUGCCGUGGUCAAAGCGUGCUCAAAUCCCUCAAUAAUACGCUCAUUGUUUAGUGCUACUUUACCUGAUUUUGUUGAAGAGCUUGCUCGCACAAUAAUGCAUGAUGCUGUUCGAGUCAUCAUUGGCAGGAAGAAUUCUGCUUCUGAACUUAUAAAGCAAAAACUGGUGUUUGCUGGAAGUGAAGAAGGGAAGCUUCUUGCUCUUCGUCAAAGCUUUGCAGAGAGUUUGAAUCCACCGAUUCUUCUCUUUGUCCAAAGCAAGGAACGUGCAAAGGAGCUCUACACGGAACUGGCAUUUGAUGACAUUAGAGUUGAUGUUAUCCAUGCUGAUUUGUCCCAAUCACAGCGAGAAAAUGCUGUGGAUGACUUCAGAGCCGGGAAAACUUGGGUUUUGAUUGCAACUGAUGUUAUUGCUCGUGGUAUGGAUUUCAAAGGCGUUAACUGUGUGAUUAAUUAUGACUUUCCAGAUUCUCCUGCUGCAUAUAUUCACAGGAUUGGUCGUUCUGGCAGAGCAGGAAGGACAGGAGAGGCUAUUACUAUUUACACAGAAGAUGAUGUUCCAUUUUUGCGGAACAUAGCAAAUGUGAUGGCAGCUUCUGGCUGUGAGGUUCCGUCUUGGAUUAUGGCCUUGCCCAAACUGAAGUGGAAGAAGCAUCGGCCCCAAAGAGAUUCUAUAUCCACAAAGCCAAAAGAUCAGAAAGAGUAAGGCUGCAAAGUGAUUCCAUAUCCACCAAGCCGAAAGAUGAGAAAGACCAAGGCUGCAAAGAGAUUCUACAUUGACCUGGCUAAAAGAUCUGAAAUACUAAGGGCGCGAGGAGAUUAUCUGUCUACUUGGCCAAAUGAUCAGAAAGAGCAAGGCCACUAGAAAAUUUCCUAUUUUGUUGUAACUGUUUUAGGUUUUUGUGAUUUCAGUUUGCUGUUUCUUCUCCCCUGCAAGAGGGAGAUGAGAUUGUAUUAGUCAUUUUUUUGACAUUUUAGAGUUGAGGACGCGUGGCUUGGAACCAUGUCCAAGUUCCGGAUCUUUGUGGAUCAUUCCCAGAUCAAAAUGAUCAGCAAAGUGGCAACUGGCCAAUUACAGUGACGAUAUUGUUAAAAACCGUUGGCCAAUCUUCUGAUUUGCCUCUAUAAUUAUUCAAAUGAUCCAAACAGAAAAAGGAAAAUUGUUGCA